UCCCAAUAAAAUCCCAGCCCCUACACCACUUCUGUUAAUAAAUGCCCCGAACACAAGACUCCUAAGACUCAUCUCCGCCUGGGUGGCCAGUCUGUCAUUAAGGUCUUAUUAAGGAGGUGCAGAGAUGAUGUUCCUGAAGAGAUGGUGUCUGCUGCCCCUCUCUGGCUUACUUAUUCUGGCCAUUGUCCCGACUGUACCUGAAGUGAUGGAUUCAAUGUCAAUGUGUCCCAACUUUUUUCUUGAGGGAACUCCACCAGAGGUCCCAGGAAUCUUAGAGAGCGGCACAAUCCUGAACCAAAACCGAUACAAGACCAUCUGUCAGACUUAUAACAAUACGAGAAGGUUUGUGACACUCUAUGACACCGUGAACAGGAUCCCAGUUUUCUCUGCUUACAAGUACAGAGGUACGGGGAAAGGAAAACGACCAAACCCUCCCUGGAAGAUAGAGCCACAGGUAUAUUUUCAUUCUCUUCUUGAAGGAAAAAACAACAUCAACAUGGUGAAUUCCAGAUCUGUCAGAUACGAACACCAGGCCAGUGAUAUUGAUUACAAAAGCGACAGUAAAGUCUACAAUAGAGGCCAUUUAUUUCCCUCUUCUCACGCAUUUGAUGAAAGUGACAAAGUCUCAACGUUCACCCUGACAAACAUUGUUCCACAAGCUAUAUCUUUUAAUAAUGGCAGCUGGGGGAAAAUGGAGAACUGCGUUCAAUGUGUCAUGAAAAAGUACUGCACCGACAAUAAUGAAGUCAUUGAGGGAUUUGUUGUAACUGGAGCAAAGCCCAGCAACAACAACAUACUGAAUGAAAGGAUCAAUAUCCCUGAAAUUCUCUGGACGGCAUUCUGCUGUUACAGUAGCAAAGUCAACAAGUGGCUGGCAAGUGCACACUGGGGCGACAACAUUGCAGAAGAAUCUAAAUCCAAAUAUCUGCAGACAAAAACUCUGCAACAACUAAAUCAGAGGCUGAGGUCAGGGGAACCACGAUUUGAGGUGUUUCCUAGAAAAGAGUGUCCCAAGUAUGAAACGGUAACCGAGUACUACCCAGAAAUUAAUGCUAAAGACAAAGAUUGCCAUUGCCCAAACCCUCCGACUACUACAACUACUGCCGUUCCAUCAACUACUGCAGUUCCAUCAACUACUGCAAUAACCGAGCGGAGGAAAGUAUCACCAUCUUAA